GCUCUACACUGCUCGGUCACGUGAACUAGGUCCGUCAAAACCCCGCCAUCGCUGGGUAUUCGGUUCAGGAAAGGUGAAGGUCGACCUUGGUGAGCGUGUACAUGAGACACCUUGCCCAGUCUACGGAAAGAACGACCCCGUCGAGGGCCGAGUGUACUUUCCUUCCAGGACCUCAAAGGUCACGCGGGUGGCAAUCAAGGUCGAAGGAACCCUUAUGCAGCUCGUGUCUGAACGCGGUCUUCCAGCAGGACACGAAGAGCGCGUGCUUUUCUCCGUCUCCCGAGACCUGUUCCCCAGCGCACAAGGCGCAGACCUAGACCAGGAUGCGUCGUUUCACUUCUCUUUCGACCUGCCCGAGACGGUCGAAGUGGACGGGGAACACUACCUGCUCCCUCCGUCUGGCAAAUGGUUCCAUCCGCAGCUAGUCGCUGAGAUCUACUAUCGUAUAACCGUCGACGUGUCUCGUCGCGGUUUGGGAAGGCACGAGCGCAUCGAGCCCGAUAUCCUCUACCUGCCCAGGACUCGUGCGGUCAAGGUGCUCCCGCUCUCCUGGGGUUUGACACCGAACGAUGCUAAGCGCGAGUUUAUCGACAUGACCAACUGGGCAACGAUUCCACUCAAGCCGCACUGGCCAAAGAAUGCCUCCGCUACUGUGCAAGCUACACCGCUUACUGCUGAACUCCGCCUGCCCAGCUGCUUUUUCUCCGGUUACCCGCCUCUAUCGUUCCACAUCCACCUUGAGAUUCCAGCGAACGCGUCCUCACAGGCACAGUACGACCUGCACCAGCUGGACGUGGCGAUUCACCUUGUACGGCAAGUGUCUAUCUCCCUCCGCUCGCGAGGCGAACCGCGCACAAGCACAACAGAAAGCAUCGUGGGUGGGAUGUGCAUUUACACGUCCCGUAGCACUGCUACGUCACGUGAUAUCUGGGGCAAGAUUGGCUGCCAAGUCGAAGGGCAGGAGUCUUCCUGGAACCUGGCCAAACUUGUUCAGGUCAUGCAUGCGGCCAAAGUCGAGAUCAAGCCUUCCCAAGGCCGGGAAGGCGUGGUUCCCAAAUUCAUGCACAGGCAGCGUGUAUGGAUGAACACCGAUGAUUGGGCAGACGACGCGCCGGAGCGGGAAGGCCCCGCGCUAGGUCUAUACAGACGGAUUUCUAACUAAUCGGCAGAUGGAUUUCUAACAUGCCCGUUAUGCCCGUGCGUUUCGGUCUUCGGUCUCCGCCCCUUAGUCUCUCUAUUGCUCCGGUUUCUAUCUCUCUCCCCGGGCUUUCAUUCUUCAUCUACGAUCCACAGCAGCGCCGACACUGCGUGUAU